GAGAAUAUCGGUUACUCUGGCCAGGUGAUGAUUGUAAACAAACAUGUCAGACACUGGACCAACCUACGCUAGUUUAACCCCAGCCAACCCCACUAUCAUUAAUGGGUUGGCUGGGGUGGACCUCCAGACGGGCCAGCAGCUUACCACACACCAGACAAUAAUGAACAACACUGAGCACACCAUGUUGAACAUGGUGAACGCUGUUGGAGUGGCGGCGGCGGGAGUGCAGACUAUGAGUACACAGAAUUUAACUACAGUAAUGCCAGCAGUUACACAUCAGCAGGUGGUUUCUGACGUAACUGCUGAGAGCAUGGUCAACCAUACAGUACAUGUUGACAGAAAUACACUAGUAGCUGUACUACAGUUUCUGAAAAAGAAUCAUUUCAAGAGAUCUGAAGAACUUGUGAGGCAGGAGGCAAAUUUUUUCGAUAAUGUAGAAGACUCUAAGCAGGGUAUUGGGGGCGAUGCUGAAGUAUCAAGCGUGCUUUCAGCCUAUAAGAGUGAGGGAGACCCAGCAGAAUAUGAAGAUGCAUACAAGAGUCUUCAGGCCUUUAUAGACAAAAGCCUGGAUGCAUACAAGCAUGAAGUUUCCCUUGUAUUAUACCCAGUGUUUGUACACAUGUACUUAGAGCUAGUAUAUAAUGGCCAUGAACAGGUGGCCAAAUCAUUCUUAGAGAAGCUGGGUAAUAUGCAAGAAAGCUGCUAUCAGGAAGAUGUACAUAAACUUUCUCUGGUAACAUCUAGAGAUCACAUGACAGGAUAUCAGAUCAUGGAUAACUUCAGAUCAAGUCAGUUCACAGUGAGGAUGUCCCGGGAUACUUAUUCUCACUUGAAGCGAUACCUAACAGAGUAUGGUGGAGGGCCAGUGCCACGGAUAAUUCAUGACAGAUUAUACUUGGAUGUAUAUGAAGGUGUUCCUAGGAGUCGUACUCAGAUUCUGGUAACUGCAGGUGCACAAGAAGGAGAGGUACCAAAGCAAGUAAACAAAUCAAAGAUGUACUAUGGACUGCUUAAAGAACCAGAGCUGCCUAACUUUCAUAUGGAAGAGGAAGAGGGAGAAGAAGAAGGGGAUAAACCAAAGAAAAAGAAGCCCAAAAAAGAUGCUCUUCAAAAGAGCAAGAAGAAUGAUCCCAAUGCUCCACCCACAAACAGAAUUCCAUUACCAGAACUACGUGAAAUUGAUUUUGUGGAAAAGGCGAAAGCAUUCAGAGAUGCUCUGAAAAGAGUAACACUAAGCAAGGAUACCCUUCCUUCAAUAUGUUUUUAUACCUUUUUGAAUGCUACAGGAAACAUUACAGCAGUAGACAUAUCUGACGACUCCAGUCUCCUAGCAUACUGUACGUCUGACUCACAAGUUCGAGUGCAGAGUAUCACACCUAGUAAAUUACGCUGCAUGAAGUCUGCAGAGCAGUUGAAUGACAUAGACAAAGAUGCUGAUCCCACAGCCUCGGGUUUUUUUGCUGGACAUUUUUCUGAUGUCGAUGUUGUUCAGUUUCACCCUAACAGCAAUUAUGUGGCAUCUGGAUCCAGUGAUCGCAGUAUUCGAGUUUGGGAUUGUUUCAAUGGAAAUUGCAUGAGAGUUUUAACAGGUCAUAAGGAUGUAAUUGAUGCCCUUGCAUUUUCUCCUUGUGGACGCUUUUUAGCAUCUGCUGGUGGGGACAAACGUGUUCUAGUAUGGGACUUAGGGCAUGGUCACCUUAUUGCAGAGAUGGCAUCACACACUUCAACAAUUUAUACAAUUGCAUUUUCAAGAGAUUGCAAUAUUCUUGCUUCAGGUGGAAUGGAUAAUUGUGUGAAGCUGUGGGAUUUCAGUCGUGUUCUUGAGGAUAACCAUGAAGAUGACAUAAAUGUGUCUAACAACCCAGACAUAAAACGCUGCAAUGAAUCUCUCUUGCUGGGCACAUUUCCAACGAAAAAUACUCCAGUGCUUGCAACACACUUCACAAGACGAAAUGUACUUUUGGCUGCUGGACCAUUUGACGGAUCCCCUCACUGAUAGCAAGCCACCACUCUGGAGGGGGCCAGGAUAGUGCAGACAUACUUUAAGUGAUAUACAUGAUAGUGUGUACUGUACAGUAUAUAAAGCCAAUAAACAACAAUUUUU